AGCCGCAGACUCCAAUGGCGUGUCUGUCGCGAUGGACUCCGGCCGAGCUUGGCUCGUGGUGGCGGCUUGCUGCUGCAUCAACACCUUCGCUUUGGCCGUGAUUCGGUCGGGUGCCAUCGUCUACGUCGGCGUGGCGAACACGUUUCGGGUGACGCGCGAGGACGCCGCCUGGCCGCUGUGCUUGGCCACCCUGUUCAACCUGGCCGCUGGUCCAGUUUCCGGCGUGCUGGCCAGGUACUUCAACAUAUGCAGGUUGAUGAGAUUUGGCUGUCUCCUGGCGUCGUUGUCGGUGUCAGUCAGCUAUUUCGCCACCGGCGUCCCGUACCUCAGCGUCAGCCUUGGCGUUUUGCACGGAUGCGGUCUAUCCCUCGUGGCUUUGAGCUACGCUGUCGUCAACCAGAAUGUGAGUCAGUACAGAGCUCUCGCUUCCGGAAUCUCCAACGGAGGCUUCGUGCUCGGCGGCAUCCUCUUCCCGCCCCUUGUGCAGUACCUGUUCGACGUCUACGGAACGAGAGGCGGACUCCUCGUUUUCGGCGCCGUCAUGCUCAAUUCGACCGCUGCUGCCCUCCUCACGAGCAGCCCGUGUAGCAACACUCCGAGAUCAAAGACCACUACAGACUGCACUAAACCCCGACUUCCAGAAGUCGGGGCAGCACUGCUUCGCAGCGUGAGUGGUGAGCAUCCAUCGCUACGCAUGAAUCCGUGCUGUGUCAGCAAGAUUGAUCAAACAUUACCGUUGAGAGACGCCCGAUGCGCAACGGCGCGAGCGAACAAAGAGACUUCAAACCUUUCGAGCGAGUCAAUCAGCAACAACAGACGCUGUUCUUUGAGACGAGAUGCAAUGGUCAUGUGCUUGUCCUUCGUGAAACUGCCGAAGUUCUACAUCGUAGCCUACACGAUCGGACAACUGUGGUUCCUGAGCACGACGUUGCUGACUGUUGUAGUGGACUACGCGGCUGAUCGGGGCAUGCCGAAAUGGGAGGCCGUAUCUCUCGUGACUCUCAUCACGGCACCCGACCUCGUUGCGAGGUUCACCUCGGGCCUCGCUACGGACAAAGGUGCGAUGCGAAAGAGCACCAUGAUGGCUGCGUGCUGCGUCGGUAGUGCGUGUUCGUACGCCAUUAUGCCCAGUUUCGACUCGUAUUCCGCCCUGGCGGCGAUUAUGGUAGUCGCCGGCUGGUGCAACGGAGCUGCUGUCGCUCACAUCUUCGUACUGGCAGCAGAGAUCGCCGAUCCAGAGACCUUCAGCAUGUGUCUGGGUAUCAUGAACUUCAUCGGUGCUUUCGCGCUCCUCGAGAGGCCGCUGGUGAUCGGCUACUGCCGAGACAACCUUGGAAGCUACGACGGUGUGUUUUACUUUAUGACUGCCGUAGCUCUCAGCUGCGCUGGUUUAUGGGCAGCAGUGCACUAUCAAGAAGAAUGGAGGAAGAGACAGCUAUCUUAGAGAAUAAAAUAUGUGGAUGCCUACUA